AUGAAUUAAACAUAAACUAACUUGUCACAAGUUAGAUAAAAAGAGAAAGUGUCAUUGAAUGAUGGAUUACCUAAAAUAGACCCUAGAACUGUAAUUGAAGAACUUAAAAGCCAUUUGUAUUCAGAUGACAAUUUUAAAAAACUGUUUUCUGAUGCAGAAGAUAAGAAAUACAGAGAAAAUUUUUAAUUGUUUGAUAGAGAUAGUGAUGAAAGAAUUAAUUUUACUGAAUUACAAGAACUAUUGACUUCAAUUGGUUAUGUUUAUGAUGAAUAAGAAUUGAGUGAAUUGUAUAAAGAGUUAGAAGAUUCAGAAGGUUAAGGUAUCAGGUCAGAUGCUUUGUUCAUUCUCGUGAGCAAGAAAAAGAGGGAGCAAGACAGAGAAGAAUAAUUGAUCGAGGCAUUUAAAUCAGUUGAUUUAGAAAAUACAGGGUAUAUUUAGAGUGAAUACUUUAAAGAAUUAUUGAUGACAUUGGGAUAUCGAUUUACAGAAGAUGAAGCAGAUGAGUAUAUGAAAUUUAUUGAUCCUAAAAAUGAGGGAAAAUUCCUUUACAUUGACAUUGUUAAGAAAAUACUUAAAUGA